ACAUCCGGGGAACGGCAGGGCAGUGACACCGGCUCCAGUCUUCACAUGAUUGAAUAAUCACGAGACCGUCAACAUGAUCAUCACCUACUUGUACCUCGCCGUCGUCCUUUUCGUGUCCACCCCAUCAACAUGCGGCCAUUCGACACACUACUCACUGCAUCCCGACGUCAUCACCCAAUACGAGAAACACGGCGUUCUCCCUCCGUUUCAGUCCUAUCACAUUCACGUUAUGUUCAUCUUUGGCAACCCCAAAUCGAUCGAGACCGCCAUGGCUCUUCGCGCUCUCUUCAUCGAGCACUUCAAUCUCAGCAAAACAGCCAACUGCACAGGCCUCACACAUCAAGGCAGACUCUGCAUGUUUGACGUCGACUCUGCGCCGGAUAUCGACAGCCCCUUUGUGUCUGGUCAAUGGGCUGUAUACUUGCGACUCGAGGACUUUCCCGUUUGCGUGCCGUGGAUAAUGCAGAACCGAGGAGAGCUCGACAUUCUUGUUCAUCCCAACUCCGGUAUGAGCUACAAUGAUCAUAUGUACUGGCCCGUUUGGGGAGGCACACCGUGGCCGAUCAACGGAGCCGCAUUUUCUACCUAAGAAUCUCGCACAAGCAAUUGAAGGCAUGCGAUCUGAUCAAUGUGUGGACCAAGCCACCUGCACGACUAUAAUAUAUAAGACAGCUGCUGUAUACUGCAUGGGUACCGCUGAAAUUUUGACAGCCACUCGUACAAAUAGGUAGCAAGAGGCACGUAUAUAUACAUAUCGAGGUGGCAACCGCUGAUGCCAACGUAACCUAGAUUUUAGAAUCACGCAGCGUGAAAUAGAAAUUGAUUAUACGGCCAUCUGCAUACUGAUUUUGUAUACAUAUAUGUUGUCUGAAAUCCUAAAUUAAAAAGAAGGUUGACUCAUGCAGUAACAACCAAUA